AUGCGUCUGUAUCGUGAUGGACGAACGGAAACUGUAAGAAGUUGCAGUACCGAAUCAUGCGAUUUCGUUCGAUCAAUGUUGGAUAAAAAUGAAAACGUAAGGAUUGAGCUGGUUCAAAAAUCAUUCGGAUUCCAAUGCCCUGAUUUUCAGGAUCAGAAUAGAAUGAAAUUACUGCGGCGAGCCUGCGAUCGCCAUCAGGCUUACUAUCGAAAUGCGAUGGCUGGACAUGGUGUUGAUAGACAUCUGUUUGCUAUGUAUGUGGUGUCCAAAUACUAUAGCAUAUCAUCGCCAUUUUUGGAGAAUUACUCAAAGAAGCUUAACAAUGAACGGGAAUUGUUCUGGCCAGCUGGCGCUUUUGCCUGUCCGGAAGGAUCCAAUUAUGGUAUUUGCUAUACUGUUGGUACCACAGGUGAUUUGCUAAGCUUCCAUGUGACUUCUUGGAAAUCGCUGAAGCAUACUGAUGCUCGUCGUUUUCGCAACACCCUUGUCGAAUGCCUUCGAGAAAUGAAGCAAAUGAUUGAGAAUGCAUUGAAGUAG